GAAUUAAUGAAUUAAAUAUUUAAAUCCCAUUUCCCAAAGCCCAGCCCACCGUCAUUACUUACCCUAAGGAGAAAGGGAUUCACAUAUCACAUUUCAUAUUUCCAUUUCUGAUUUCACUCCGCCUUUCUCUCAAAGUCCGAUAAUAUCAGUAGACCCAAAGACGAUUUUGCUGAAUUUCGUUUCUGAUUUCACAAGUCAGUCACUACGCCUCUCACUCUCACACUCUCUCUAUCUCUCAAACCGAUAAUAUCAAUAAACCCAAAGAUGAUUUGCUGAAAACUGAAGAGAUUCAAGGUUCAAGCUUAACAUUUGCUGAAAACUCAAGAGAUUAGAGGUGGCCAAAGACGAUUUGCUGCUCGGCUGUUGUUGUUGCGCUCAUAGGUUCCUGGUACAAUCUCUUGAUGGGAAGCAAAGGUCGAGGGCCACCUCCCAACCUUAGGCAUCCACCUCCUGGCCCAGGCAUGGUGUAUCAUGAUUCUUUUGGUCCUCCUAUGCGCAACCCGCCGCCAGGUGAUUUCCCUCCUUUUGACAGGCUACCUCCUCCAGAGGUUUUGGAACAGAAGAUUGGCGCACAGCAUCUUGAGAUGCAAAAACUUACUACAGAAAAUCAGAGGCUUGCUGCCACCCAUGUAACUUUGAGGCGAGAAUUAGCUGCUGCACAACAUGAGCUGCAAAUGUUGCAUGUUCAGAUAGAUGCAGUCAAGGCCAACAGGGAACAAGAGACUAAAGGCCUUAACGAUAAAAUUUCUAGGAUAGAGGCUGAACUUCAAGCUAUUGAACCUAUCAAAAUAGAAUUGCCGCAAGCACAAGGUGAAGCUCGCACUCUGUUUGCAGCGAGGCAGGAACUUCUUGCUAAAAUGCAACUGCUGACUCAGGAUCUUCAAAGGGCUCACACUGAUGUGCAACAGAUUCCUCCUUUGCUGGCUGAGCUGGAGAGCCUAAAAAAGGAGUAUCAGCAGUGCCGGACUACCUAUGAGUACGAGAGAAAAUUGUACAGUGAUCAUCUUGAAUCUCUUCAAGUUAUGGAGAAGAACUACAUGACUAUGUCCAGAGAGGUGGAAAAACUUAGGGCAGAGUUAGCAAACACUUCUAACUCUGACAGACAAACAGGUGCGCCAUAUGGUUCAGCUGGAUACAAUGAGAAUGAUGCCACUAAUAAUUAUGCUAUUGGACAAAACAUCUAUGCAGAUGUCUAUUAUCAGGGCAGAGGCUCCCUGGCAACAGGGACUAAUGUUGGAGGAGUUCCUGCAGUUACAUCUCCACAAGUUGGAGCUCAAUGUGUGCCCCCGUCAAACAGGCCUCCUUAUGAUGGACAAGGGGGACAAAGGGGAUCAGGCGUUCCUGGUUUAGCAGCUUAUGAAGCUCAAAGGGGGCAUGGAUAUGAUACAAUGAGGGGAACUGGGUGUUAUGAAGCUUACAGAGAUGGAUAUGGGGCACCUGCUCAGAGAGGAUCUGGCUAUGACGGAUCAUCCAAAGGUGGUGUUGCAACUCAAGGACAGGUAGCACCUACAGGAAAUCCUCAUGGGCCAUCUACCUCACCUGGUCUUGUUGGUCCUGGAUAUGAUGCGUCGAAACAAGGUGGAGGAAAUCCAGCUCGCAGAUGAUUUUCAGCUCUAUUUUUGUGUUAUUUCUUGAGGAAUAUUUUCACUAUUACAAGUCUCCUUAAAAAUCUAUUCACUGGUUAAUGUUAAAGAAGGAAAUCUUGCUCGUUGAUUGAUGAACUGGUUCAAGUUAACUAUAUUUGAUGUUUCACAUUUAGAAAUAUCUAAAUUGAGGUUGGUUUA